UGUGAAACAGUAGUUUCCAUUAUCUUUUUUGCACCACAACCUUGUCUGUACUGAACUUUUUACAAUUUCAAGUAGUUAUUGAUCCAUUUGAUUCGAAUUUUAUUGUAGGUUAUGUUACCAGUGGCUUGAAAGUAUGAAUUUUGUCAGAUGUUAAACGUCAUCAAAUUUAUAACAAGUGUUUGUGUUCGUUUUUGUUAAAAUGGCCUGGUUCUCAGGUCUCGCUGACAAGGCAGAAAAUCUUUUAAAUAAAAUAGAUAAAAAUACUGCAGCAGUUUUGAAUAAAGAUAAAUAUGAAUUACCACAAUCCCAAUUGACACAUGUUACAUGGAUUCCUCCUGAAUCAUGUGUUAAAGCACAAGAAGGAACAGUAUUACAAUUGACAACAGACUCAUCGAAACAACCUUACAUUGAAUCAACAUCAAACCUUUCCUCAUUGACAAAUUCAGUUGUUAGCGUGUCAAAGGACGAAGAACUUCUUACCUUUUUAAAUACUCCUAAUUCAAGUCCAAAGAAAAACAUUGCAGAAAUCUUAAUGUCACCACCUACACCUUCAUCGCUUAUGGUGGAACAUCCAACAGAUACUACAGAUUCUAUAUCAGAGUUAUCAAAUCAUAGUGAUUGUUCAAGUCCUAGUCCUAUGCAUGCAUCCAUAGAAUUUCCAGAUAAUUUUAAUCGUGAUAAUGUAAAUAUAAAAGAUGAUAAUGUUUGUAAAAAUGAUGUAACAAACAAAGAAUCAAUAGGGGACCAUAGUCUAGGAAGUGUUUUCGAUAAUGGAUAUAAUAUGCAACAAGGAUAUGAAUAUGAUGAUCAGCAGAAGCAUGUAGAAGUAAACAAAUUAAUCAAUUCAUCUGAUAAUAAAUAUAUUAAAAAGUAUUUGAAAGAAAUAGAAAGAAAUUUGGAAGAGAGAACUGAAUUACUUGGAAAACAGGAGACAGAUCAUCAGAAAGAAAUCAUUGUUUUGAAUGAAAAAUUACAGUCUUUAAAUGUAGAAAAGAUACAAUUAUCUAAGCAAGUAGUAGAACUACAAAUUGCUUUAGAACGAAGUAGAUCAGAAUUAAAUUCUACUAGAGCUGAUUUGGAUCAACAUAAAGCUAGAGCUUUAAAAACAUUACAAGAAAAAGAAAAAUUGAUAACAGAAUUGAGAUCUAAUGAAUCAACAGGGAUGGAUGAUACAAUGAUCAUGGAAUUGAACCAGUUAAGGCAAGAACGUGACAUUCUUAGAGAAGAAAAUCAACAGAUUUCUGAACAAUUAAGAAUAGUACGUGAAGAAUUAAUGAAUGCAGAUGUAAAGCUAGAAAAGAUGAGACAAAAUUCUGCUGAAGCAAAUGUACAAGCUCAAGAAAUCCUUGCAACUGAAAGACGUAGGAGGCUAGAUGCAGAAGAAGAUGCAAGAUUACACUCAGAAGAAAUAAGAUCACUGAAAGAUGAACUAAUUCGCCAACGAAAUAGUUACACUUCACAGCUACAAAAGAAUAAUUCUGAAAUUAGCAGAUUAAGAAUGCAAUUAUCUGCAAGUUCCACACCAAGUAGUGAAGUGGAAUCAAGAUUGGCAUCUCUUACGAAAACCUUAGUUUCGAAACAACAAGCAUUAGAAAGUUUAACAACUGAAAGGAAUGCUCUAAGACUGCAAUUGGAAAAGAUAGAGCAUGAACUUAGAAAUAGUCGGCGCAAUAUUCUUUAUAAUAACUUAAAUGAUACCGACGAUGCCAAAGCUCAAGUACCAACAUUUUUAAUGGAAACUCCAUUUGACACUGGAGUUACUCGAAGGGUGAAAAGAGCUUAUUCUUCAUUAGAUGCUAUCAGUAUUCGCACAGGUGUUUUUUUAAGAAGAUAUCCGCUUGCAAGGAUUUUAGUACUAAUUUACAUGGCAUUGCUACAAUUCUGGGUCCUCGUAGUUCUUCUGUCACAGUCGCCAGAAGCACAUUAAUACUUUUCAUAUGCAGGAUCAUAAUUUUAUUAAAUCGUAUACGUUCUAACAUAUUGUAAAUACAUUUAUAUCAGAAUAGUAUAUAUAUUGUUGACUACUAAUCAUGUACAUGGUGCUUAAAUACCACUUUCAAACUAUUAUAUGAGAUUUUAUACGAGAUAUAAGAAUUUUAGAUUCAUGAGUAGACUUGUACAAUACAUGUAUGUUAGCCAAUAUAAUAACAUCUUUGUAUGAAACUAUUGCUAAUCGGGGAUAGAAAUUGUACAUUUGUGAUGAAUAAUCGAUCAAAUAGUUAUUAAAAUUAUCAUUUAUUUUUUCACUAAAUUUCACGGAUAAACAGGAUAUUAUAAUACUAUUAGAAUGACGAACAUAAUGUAUCUAAUUAGAAUUAUCUUACGAAAAUAAAUAAAUAAAUAAAUAAUUUGAUCGUAUCAUAAUUCGAAAGAUAAAUACCUCCUAUCAAUCGUUCGUUGAAUAAUUUUUAAAC